AUAAUUGCCGACGUAAUAUACGAAAAGAUGUCUCUCACCAACGAAACCGGGAGAAACGGGUACUGGAACGAGGCCAACACGAAUCAGAAUGGAGUAGCGGGACAGGGGCUUGGCAGCAACGGGUAUAGCAGAGGGGGAGGAGGAGUGGGAAGCGCGAACAACGCAUGCUUCACAUGCGGGAAGAUAGGACACUACGCACGCGAUUGCUGGUCUAAAAGAGGACGUAGCUUUGGGAACUCACAGAACAGUCGGGAACUCGAGGAAAUGAAGGAACAUUUUAGGAUCGCGCGAAAGGAGAGGCUGGAGCUAGAAGAGAAGAGGAAACUGGAGGAGGAGAGAAGAGUGAGGGAGGAAAAAGAGAUACGACGGAACCCGGACUUCGCAAGGAAAGCAGAGGAAUUUAAACUCCAACUGCGUGCGGAGCUCCUAGAAGAAUGGAGGAAGAACCAAGCAGAGGCGUCGAGGGCAGGUGAGAAGACGAAAGGCUCCACCAAGAAGAAGAAGACGACAAGUUGGGGAAGGGGAAAGAGACGUAGGGGAAAAAGGAGGACAAGGCGAGACACAACGAGCGAUGAAACGAAAUCGGGAAGCACAUCGAAGGAGAGUGAAGCUACGACCACAACGUCUGACUCGGAUUCUGAGGGGCAACGGGCGCGUACGAAACCAAGAGGAAGACGGAAAGCAGCUAGUACGAAAGGGAAGGGAAGGAGGAGUACGAAAGAGAAGGGAAAAGAUGUAUACGGGCACACUCCACCGAGAGUAUAUGAGAAGGGCGAAUGCUCUCGACCGCGGAAGACCGGCCCGGCGGGGGCGACCGGGAAUGCAGAACCACAAGGGGAGGAAAAAGCCGAACCGGUCAUACCACUCACCGGCGGAUAUAAGGGGCUAGCAGCUGGUUGCUCGCAGAAAGGGCUAAUCGACUACUGUAUCUCUGCCCACAAGAUAUACUCAGCAAAAAAGGCAGAUGCCUUGAGGAAGAUCUGUGAGAGGAAGGGGAUUAGGUACACCAAGAAACCUGAAGUUGUGAAAAUACUGGCAAGACAGCAAGUACAACUGCCGUACGAUGGAUUCGAGGAAGUGCAAGAGACAUGGGAGAAGGGGAAAUCGUCGACCAAGACUAAGGCCUCGGGCUUGCCACGACAGGAAUUAAGAAAGGAGAAACUUACCUCGGAGAAGCCGGCGAAACAGGUGUCGUUGGCUUCACUGCCAACAAGAACGCUGAUUGGGUUAUAUAAGACGGCUGGAUUCUUCACUGAAAAGGAGACCAAGUACAGACUGCGUACGAAGCUGGAUAGGAUCAUUAAGAGGAAGACUGGGGUUAGCAUGAGAAGGAAGAUCUGUGUCAAAUUACAGUUCGGUCCUCGAAUUAAGAAGAACGGUGUUAGAGAGGCUACUGGACGGGUUAUCGAGGCUGCAGUCAAGGACAAGCACCUGGCUCUGUUCUUGCAGACCAGGAUUCGGAUUAUCUGGGUACGAAACCGGAAUGUCGUGGAACAACUGCACAACCACAAAGACUACACAACGGAGCGAGAACAAGUUUGUACAUGUAAGGAGACAGAUCUGCCCAAACACGAAGGGCAUGUACUCACCAGGUUCACGGAACUGGAGAUUCCACAAUUCGUGAGGAAUGCUAGGAACAUCACUAGGCCAGCGAACGCAUGUACAGUGGAGGCAAUCGGGAACGCGAUCCGGGAGGCUACAAAGCACCUUAAAGGUGCACCCGGACCGGAGCUAACGUCGGGUAUGGAAGGGAUCGAUCGGGAAUUCGAGAGUCCGGCUUGGACGGAUGCCGAGACACGGGAGUGGGGCCGGAGGUUCCACGGAAUCAAGGAGAUACGACCGUAAUAUGUCCGAUACUGUACCGACAUGGAUUCGGUAAAAUGUUCGCCUGCAAUGCUAACUACG